AUCAACAGGUGGAGAUGGACUCUUGAUUCUGGCACAGAGGGGGUAUAAAGUGUUAACCUAUCGCUCCCUCCAGCCCAAAUUUGACUUCAUGGACAGAGGAGUUACUAAAAUAAAAGACUAUUUCUACAGGGACCAUUCUAUGAUGCUGUGGGAUGUCAUUCAAAAUUUUGUUUCAGGAAUAGUUUCCCUCUACUACAAGAGUGAUCGUGAAGUUGAACAGGAUUCAGAAAUUCAGGCGUGGAUUAAUGACGUGGCUGUGGAGGGCUUUGUGGAUCUGCCACAUUUUGGCCUAGCUAGUGAGCUGAAGACAAAAGAAGAACUCAUCACACUGUUAAGCAUGGUGAUCUUUACCAGCACAUCACAACAUGCUGCCACCAAUAAUGGACAGUUUGAUUGGUGUGCAUGGGUACCCAACACACCCUGCACCAUGCGGCGCCCUCCACCAACAGAUAAGGAUGCUGUCACCAUGGACAUGAUCAUGGACACACUCCCUGAUAUCAGCCAGUCCUGUAUGCAAAUGGCCAUCACGUGGCAUUUGGGCAGAGCACAGCCAGAUGCGAUUCCAUUGGGCCAGUAUGUGGAACAGUACUUUACCGAGCCUGCUGCUUUGAAAGUGAUUGAUCAGUUCAGAAAGGAGCUGAAAGAACUGGAGGAGCAUAUAAUAGCUCAGAAUGAGGGACAAGAACUGCCGUACCUUUAUCUGAGUCCAAGCUGCAUAGAAAACAGCAUCACCAUUUAGUGAAAACUCUCAUUCUAAAUUAGAGUAUGUGUCUGUGGAAAUUUUUGUGAGUAGCUAAAUCUUAAAAUUAGCACACAUACAAAUAACACCCAAAGUACUUUUCUGAGCUAUAGCUGAGGCUGAUAACUUUCUCCUGAAUGGCAUCCGUGACAGCAGAAAUACUGUGACAUAAUUACAUAAUUCAUUUAGUCUGAAACUUUUUUUUUUUUUUAAAGAAUCAGGGCAUUAAGAUUUUUUACAUUCAAGUUUGUUAACAGUAUUUAUUUUUACUUUUAAAAUUGUUAAAAAUAUAUAUUUUUAAAAUAAUAUAUAUUUUUAAACUUUAUUUCAUAAGGCACUGUUUGGAUGGUGCUGAACUGGUUUCUGUGGAUUUUUACUAACCACUAUAUUCUUUAAUUAGUGUGGUAAGCUUCAUUAAAUGGACUUCAUAUAUACUACAUUUAAAGUCUGUUUAAUUUUUUCAUAUAGUUUUUUUUAAAAAAAUACUAUUUAAAAGCUUCAGUGGUUAAAGUUUUGAAAGUCUCCAAUUGUACAUCUAAAAGAUGGUCUCUAAUUUUAGAACCAUGUUAGCUGAGAGACAAGGUCUAUACUGAUCAAUUCCUAUGUUGACAAAUUGCACAGGCAGUUUUAUUUUCAGUCAUUUAUUGUGAAAACAGAACAAAUGUGACCAUGUGAAAUUCCAUGUACUUCUGUAGUCUGUAUAUUCUAUAGAUGUUAAGUAUAAAUAAAAUCACAAUUAAAACAUU